AUGAAAGGAUAAACUUAGCACACUGAGAUAUAUGUUUGGGGGAAUGAUGAAUUCGGAUAGCUUGGACUUGGUCACAGAUAUCAUUAAGAUUCAUAAAGAUCUCUAAAUAAUAAAAAUAGUAGCUUACAAUAGCCAUCUGAAGAAGAGAGAAAACUUAAUAUCCCUAAAUCCUGUACCUUUCAGACUAGAAUUAAGGAAGUUGCUUGUGGAGAGGAUCAUUCUUGUCUGCUUACAGAGAAUGGCCAUGUAUAUUCUAUGGGAAGUAAUCAAUUCAAUAAACUAGGAGUGAAAAAUCUAAAUGCUAGCAAUCAUGUUCAUAAAUUAGGAUUUGACUAUUCAAAUACUCCAAAAUUAAUUGAGUUACUCGUAAAUUAUGAUAUUGUUGGUCUCUCAUGCGGAUGGAAUCAUUCAGCCUGUAUUAGUUCAGAUGGUCUCUGUUUCACUUGGGGACAGUUUGAAUAUGGGUAGCUUGGUCACGGAAAAUUAUCAACAAAGAAUCCAUCAGGCUUUAAUUUUGGUUAUUAGGGUGGUUUAUUGCCAACUCACAUUGAAUUCUUUGAGCAAAAUAUGAUAAAAAUUAUUGAUGUUGCUAGUGGUGGAAAACACUCACUGUUUCUUUCAAAGAGUGGAUUUGUUUAUUCAAUGGGUGAUAACUCUUUUGGAUAGCUUGGAUUAGGCAAUGCAGAUAUAUAGCACCGAUCGACACCAACUAGAAUAAACUACAUUCAUAAUGUUAUGAAAAUCUCUUCAGGUCAUCAUUCAGCAGCCUUAACCAAAUCAGGACAGUUAUUUUUCUGGGGCACAGGUGUUUUUGGUUCGUUUUAUGAACCAAAAGUAGUAAUCGAUUCUGAAAUAAUUGAUGUGAGCGUAGGAGGUUGUUUUGGAUCUGCUCUUGACAAGGAUGGUUUAGUUUGGACUUGGGGUUCAAAUAGUAAAGGUGAAUUAGGUGUUGGAGAUUAUGAGCCUCGACCUUAUCCAUAUCCUGUAACUCACUUAAAGCACAAAAAAGUCUUGAAAAUAUCAUGUGGUGGGGCUUUUGCAAUCGCCAUUGGCGGCUAUAGAGAAGACAAUAUUAAUGAGUCAUUAUUCUAAAGUCAACUAGAGUAAUAGAGGAACCUAGGAAUUUUGAAUCUAGAUAAUUCUCAAUUAUAUAACAGAAAAGGAUCAUAGUAAAAGCAUGAUUUAGCUUAUGAUACUGGAAAUUCAUACCCUACUUAAAUUGAAGAGUAUUCUUAAAGCAAUAAAUAUUCUUCAGCUGGCUAUGAAUUAAGAGAUGGUCCUGUAAAUAUCAAUAUCUCUAAUAUCGAAGGAAAGGCUAGAAAUAUUAGCCCAGGCUUAAACUAGACGGAGAAGGAAAAUAGCUUUAUGCCCUUAAAUGAAGAUUAGAUAUCCAAAGUCAUUAAAAACUUAUAGACUAAACAACUUAAGAAAAAGAAGAAAUCUAAUUCCAAAAGCAAUUAGAGCUCAGGUAAAUGCCAUGGAAGAAAAAGAUCAACAUCUGCGGGUACUAGAAAUAAUAAGGAUACAAGUAUGAUAAUGGACAAGAUUAAUACAUUGGGCGAUUAUUACAAGUCUAAUUAAGUCCUCGAUAGAACUGUUCAAUAAGUUUUAGAUAAAGAAAGAGAUUACUUGGAAAACUAACUUAUUAAAGAAAAGAAGGAAAAUUAGAUUAAGGAAUCGAUAAUUGAUAAUCUUAGGAGAGAUCUUGAAAACUUAGCAAAUCAGUUGCAGCAAGUAGUUUCCCUUUAGUAAACCUAAUAAAUAGAAAAGGUUGAAAAGAAGAAGAAGAAAAAGUAACAAUAAUAAACACAGGAUUAAAAUCUACUUUAAGAUUCAGAAGAGCUAUUUAUGAAAGAUUAAUUUAUAAUCUAACUUUAAGCUCAAAUAAAAGAAGAGAAAAAAACUAGAGAAGAUUUAGAAUAUCUAUUGGGAGUUAAAGACAAAGAGAUAAAAUGUUUAACUUCAUAAUUAGAGAAGUUUAAAGAGUAAAAUAAAUCUCAACACUUAGAAAAAGAUUAAACCAUUCUUUAAUUAUCAUCAUAAGUUCAAUAAAUGGAAAGUCAAUUAUAAAAGCAUGAUAAAAUUUAGUAUCAACUAUAGCAGCUAAAUCAAAAGAUUGAACAAGAAAACUCCAUCCUUAAAACUUAAAAAGAUGAUUAUUCCUCUAAAUUUGACGCAUUAUCAAAGGAGAUGACUAGUCUAAGACAACUCGUACAAGAUCUUUAAGACCAUUAGAGAUAAAUGGCUACAAGUCAAAGGAAAUAGAUGAUAUUAGAUGACUCUUAGAUUUCGGCAAAUGUAAAUCCUCUAGGUGGAGGAGCUGGAUCUGAUAGUUAAAGUAAUAGUUCCAGACUAAAUAGAUUUCAAAGACCUGAACGAGGAUAAGUUAAUGAAAUAAAAGAUGAGAAUAUGAAGUUGAGUGAGGAACUUCUUAACAAAUCUGCUAAUAAAUUAUUGUAGAUUAUGAGAACACCAAAUAGACAAUAAUCUCCUAAACCUAUUGCCAAUAUAGAAAAUCAAGAUAAAUCAAGGAAAAAUACACUGAGCCCUUACUCCAAUAAAAGCUAAACACAAAAACGAAAACAAUAAUUGCAAAAAUCAGAACCAAAAGAGUCAAAAUAUUCUCAUUCAGAGCAGCCCGAGAGUGGAAAUAAGCAUGUUUCUAGACUCUAAAACCUAAGUGAAAUGUUUUAAUCAACCAAACUCUCUUAGCUUUUUAAGAAGCCUGCAUUUUAUUCAUCCAUUAGGAAUAACACUUAAAGCAACAUGAAAGAAAAUUCAGCUGUAAAAUCUCCGCAUGCCAAAGAAAAUGAUGCAAGUCUUGAUAAUAUUACUAUAGAAGAUGAUAAAAAGGCAAAGAGUCAGAAUUACAGACUAAAUAAGAGUAAUAUGACAGCAGAUAAUACUCCUAAUACUAUGCACAGGAAAAAAGAAUCUAUACAAGAGUUCAAGGCUAAACUUGUGAGGCUUGAGAGAAACAAAAAUGAUCUCGAAAAUAAAAUGAAGGAAUUUGAAGAUAAAAUAAGAGCCAGCAAUUCUAGACUAGGAAACAACAGUGAGAUCUGA